UCGAUACACCUGUUUAUUCCGUUUAUGUCCCGCCUGAAAUAGAAAAAGCUUUUGUAGGAUUUUCUAGGAAUCUCCGGAGAUCGGUUUUCUCGGGAAACUUCGUCGAAAUCUUUUCGGAAAGAUCAAGCAGUAGAUAUCUAGGGCUUCGAAUUUUUCGAUCCCACCGUAAAUUGAAUUUUCGUGAUCCGAUUUUCUUCUUUUGGUCGGGGAUUCGAACUUGAUGGUCCAGUUGAUGAGAUCCGGCAAUUUUCGACCGGGAACAGAGUCGGCGUCAUUUCCCGAGAAGUUCCCGGUGAAGUUAGAGAUCGAGGACACCCUAGAAGAGGAACACGGGCCUCUCAACAAGCGGUCUAAGAUCUCUUCACCUAUCAAUCAGUGGAGCACUGGUAGUACCCAAGUCCCACCUUCACAAUACAAUCCCCUCAAUGAGCCAAGUCCUUUGGGUUUGCGGCUCAGGAAGAGCCCAUCAUUGUUGGAUUUAAUACAAAUGAAGCUCUCACAAGGUGAUGCUUCUCUUGGCGCUGCACCAAGUGGAAAUCUUACCUUGCAAGGCCAGAAGGAUGUGAAGGUUGCCACUUCACCAGUUGCUACAGACAAGCUGAAGGCCUCAAACUUUCCUGCUUCGAUUCUUAGGAUUGGGCGCUGGGAGUAUGUGUCAAGGUAUGAAGGUGAUUUAGUGGCGAAGUGUUACUUUGCGAAGCACAAGCUUGUGUGGGAAAUUCUCGAUGGUGGUCUUAAGAGUAAAAUAGAGAUCCAGUGGUCCGAUAUCGUGGCUCUGAAGGCCAACUGCCCUGAUAAUGGUCCUGGAACUUUGAUUGCCGUGCUGGCUAGGCAACCCCUUUUCUUCAGGGAGACCAAUCCUCAGCCUAGGAAGCACACAUUGUGGCAGGCAACUUCAGAUUUUACUGAUGGAGAGGCUAGCAUACAUAGGCAACAUUUUCUACAAUGCCCGCCGGGCCUGCUAAACAAACACUAUGAAAAGCUGAUCCAGUGUGAUAUGCGUCUUAACUUUUUGAGUCGACAGCCAGAGAUUAGCUUGGAUUCACCAUAUUUUGAAGCACAAGGUGCUGUUAUUGAGGAUCUAGAUGAAUCCCAAGGCAAUGGAUCUAAUCAACAGGAGACUGCCAGAGUAACCCCCAUUUCUGGCUUCCAGAAUUUAGCAUCACCUUUUGCAGCACAAUCAUCUCCCUCGAAGAUUGAACACAAUUCUAUUGGUACAGCACCAGAGCAUUUUCCUCUAGAAUCUCCGUCCCAUAGCUCAGUGAUGGACUUGCAUGCAGUUGAAGGGAAUGGAAGUUCUGAAGGAGAUGGUUUGAAGGGUCCAAGGAAUUGGGAACAGUUAAAAGUGCCAGGGCUCCGACCAUCUAUGUCCAUGAGUGACCUUGUGAACCACAUUGGAAAUUGUAUUUCAGAACAAAUGACAUCUGGAAACCCAUCCUCUGACAAAUCAUUAGGAUGCCAGGACAUGCUGGAGAACAUUGCACAAAUCCUGCUCGGUGAUACUCAGAUUACAGCAUCUUCUGAUGAGAAAACCCUCAUGUCGAGGGUCAAUUCUCUCUGCUGUCUCCUGCAGGAUCCUGCCACAGUCCCAAACUCACAAGUCGAUGAACAAAGUCAGUUAGAGGGAUUUGAUGAGAAAUCCCUCAUGUCGAGGGUCAAUUCUCUGUGCUGCCUCCUGCAGGGCUCUGCCCCAGUUCCAAACUUGCAGGUUGAUGGCAAAAAUCAGUCCGAGGGUCUUGAUGAUGGAAAGGAUGCACGACUUGGCCACGCUUCUGAUUCACUGUAUGACAAGGCUGGAGGUGUUUCUGGUGCUCCUGGAGGGAAUUCCAAGGAUGUUGUUGACUGCAAGUUGGCACCAGCUAUGUCAAGGAAGGACUCGUUUGGGGAAUUACUGCUUAGUCUUCCCCGGAUAGCAUCCUUGCCAACGUUCUUGUUUGACAUUGCAGAAGACUCUUGCGAGAAUCAAUCAUAAUUGUAAAUUUUUAGUUCAGCAUUUUAGAAAGGUGGGUCAGAACUAAGCUUGAUGCUUUGAAUGUAAUUGGCUGAUUAAGUUGAUCCUUGGACGUAAGUAUUAGGAUUCAGAAAAAUAUGUUUGAUGAAGAAUCCUAAAAUGUCUCAUAUAUAAGAGUUUUUAGGUGUUUUAGCUCCACUGUGCUUGUUUUCUUCAUGCCACAUGAAGGACAUACCGUCUCUCUUCGUAAAUAAAAUGUACCAGUCCUCCUCAUGAUUAAUAAUUAGGUUCUUUCCUAUGAACCAUUCUACUUUAUAGACU